CAGAGCUCACAGCCCGAUCACCCUGCUGCUGAUAUACCGACUGAGUGCACACUGCCCACCACAGAGACCCCUCCGACCAUUGCCCCAGGUAGCCCGAGUCCUGACAUCCCAACCCACAGCGGCAGCUUGUCCUCUGAUUCCUCUCCGGCCGCUCUCCCUCCCCCGUGAUGUGGCGCCUCCCCCGUGUCCGCCAUCUUGCGGCCGGUGACUGAGAGAAUCUCGGCCCGUGAGUGUAGUACCGAGAACAUACAGAACAAGCCCCGGCUAAUUCAUCGUGAGCUUCUCUUCGCGAAAGUGAGAUAUUUAACCCGGACCCGGUGACCGCACCUGGACACCCGUCUCGCAGCGCCGACAGGGGGAGGGACACGGCACCUUCCCACCGGGAGUUAAAGUUCCGGUGAGGCCGAUCAGAGCGCUCUCCGUUCCCGGUCUCCGUGUAGAGUAUUAUCCUGGUAUUACAAUCUUUAGUCCAAAUGUAUGUGCAUGAUCAUCUACGUCGCUUGCCUUGAGACUGAAUAUAUUCCUUUACAAGUCCGGAGCAAUUUGUCACCAUGUUCUGGAAGUUUGACCUGAACACAACGUCACAUGUGGACAAGCUCCUGGAGAAGGAGGAUGUCACCCUGCUGGAAUUAAUGGAUGAGGAUGACCUGCUCCAGGAGUGCAAGGCUCAGAACCAGCGGCUGCUGGACUUCCUGUGUCAGCCACAGUGCAUGGAGCAGCUUGUCCAGCUGAUCACACAGAAACCUCCUGCAGACAUGGAGGAGAGAGUCCGCUUCAAGUACCCUAACAUAGCCUGCGAGCUGCUCACAUGUGACGUGCCACAGAUCAACGACAAGUUAGGUGAGGACGAGCACCUCCUGAACAUCCUAUAUGACUUCCUACGACAAGAGCCGCCCUUGAACCCGCUGCUGGCCAGCUUUUUCAGCAAAACUAUUGGCUACCUGAUCGCUAGGAAAACUGAACAAGUCAUUGGGUUUCUGAGGAAGAAGGAAAAGUUCCUAAUGCUGGUGCUGAAACACAUUGGUACUUCGGCUAUGAUGGACUUGUUGCUUCGUCUCAUUAGUUGUGUAGAGCCGGCUCCGCUGAGACAAGAAGUACUAAACUGGCUGAAUGAAGAGAGGCUCAUUCAGAGAUUGAUAGAUCUCAUCCACUGCAGUGAGGAUGAGGAUAGACAGUCCAAUGCAUCCCAGACUUUAUGUGAUCUCAUCCGGCUAAGCAGGGAUCAGUGCAGUCAGAUGCAGGAAAUACUGGAGAUUGAUCCAUUGUUGGUAACACUUGAAUCACAGCAGUGUGUAGAGCAACUUUUGCACAACAUGUUUGAUGGAGAGCAGACUGAGAGCUGUGUUGUGAGUGGAACGCAGAUUCUGCUGACAUUACUGGAGACUAGAAGACCAAGUGUGGAUCCUCUUCUGGAUUCACUUCCUCAGGGAUAUGAGAAGCCAGGACCUACUGUCAGCAGCAGUAUUCUUCAGGGCAUAGAAUCGCGGCUGAAGGAUUUUCACCACCUGCUCCAGCAUCCCCCUAAGAAAGAAUCAAUCCUGACCACUAUUGGUGUUCUGGAAGAGCCUUUAGGAAAUGCCCGCCUUCACACUACACGCCUCAUCGCUGCCUUGUUGCAAGCCAAUGCUCUCAGUAUUAACCAGGAGCUCUGCAGGCUUCAUACCAUGGAUCUCUUACUUGACCUAUUUUUUAGGUUUACUUGGAACAACUUUCUGCACGUCCAGGUUGAGUUGUGCAUAGCAGCAAUCCUUUCCCACUCUCUACAAGAUGGAAAGUGCAUAUUAACUAUGGAAGAGAAAACAAAGGAGGAGGCACCUAAUGGGAACACAGAAAGUUCAGAGACUUGCAUACCUGAGCAUGAGGAUCUCAUGAUCACACAUCUUUUCCAGGAGUGUUGCUUGGUGCAAAGAAUUUUGGAUGCUUGGGAAACAAAUGAUAAGAUUCAAGCUGAAGGAGGAAUGAGGAGAGGAAACAUGGGUCACUUAACACGCAUUGCCAAUGCAGUGGUACAGAAUGUGGAGAAGGGUCCCAUGCAAGUACAGAUCAGUGACUUUAUUAAAGAGCUACCUGAGGACUGCAGAGGAAGAUGGGAGACUUUUGUUGAGGAGACCUUAACAGAAACUAAUCGCAGGAACACUGUGGACUUGGUAAACACACACCACUUGCGAUCUUCUAGUGAAGAUGAAGAUAUCGACAGUGCAUUUCCCAAUGAACUAUCAGUGCAGCAGGCGUUUUCCGAUUACCAGGUUCAGCAAAUGACCUCUAACUUUGUUGAUCAGUUUGGAUUUAACGAUGAAGAAUUUGCUGAGCAGGAAGACAACAUCAAUGCUCCUUUUGACCGCAUCACAGAGAUUAAUUUUAAUUUAGAAGCAGAAGAUGAAAAUCCUAAUGCUGCCUUAUUUGAAGCUUGCUGUAACGAGCGCAUCCAACAGUUUGAUGACGAAGAGGAGGAUAUUUGGGAGGAAAAGGAGAUUGGUUAUGGCACACAGGUUAAGUCUAGAACUCGUUGCAGGUUUGGAGUAUCACAGUCGUCAGAGGAUUCCUCUCGCAGUGACUUGGAGAAUGGGGAGCCUGAAGGUAGCCCUGCAUCUGAUGAGGAAGAGGAGGAGGAGAGUCGUAAUGUAGAGAUGCCUCCAACUCUCCGGCUCAGUCCCAUCAGCAGUGGCUCUCCGACACAGAGAGAGGAUACAACUGCAGGAGAGACUGGCUGGACAGCGGUGUUUGAGCCAGUGAACUCCAAGCCUCCCACUCCUUCUGUGGCUUUAGAUGUUGGGUCCAGUGUAUGGGAUGUACCUGUUCCUGAGACAUCCACGCCUGAAGAAAAGGGAUGGGCCAAAUUUACUGACUUUCAGCCUUUCUGUUGUUCUGAAUCUGGUCCCCGCUGCAGUUCCCCUGUGGAUACUGAGAGCAGUGGCUCUGAUGGACAUACCAAGCAGAGCCAAGAUAAAUUCUUCAGUGCCCCGUCCCCAUGUGUGUGGAAUGCCUGCGUAGCCAGAAAGGCUCCAGUUAUUGGCUCAGAUAGCAGCUCAUCUGGUGGCUCAGAUAGUGAGGAGGAAGAAAAGACCAAUAUUAUCACUGAGACCAUAAGCACUGGAGCUGGACAUGAGACUAUAAGACUCACCAUGGACACCAAGAAUGAAAAGGCUACGUUUAGUAGAAUCUUUACACCUGCAGGCAAUCCUGAUGGCCUAGUAAUUGAUCAGUUGAAUAUUGCUGAUGACAAAUGUACAAAGGAAAACCAUCCCUGCAACAUCAGCACUGAGGAUGCACCACAAGACCAGAGUUCAGCUGCAGCAUGUACCACAAGCACACAAGGCUCUUGUAGAGACAAAAGUCAUGGAGAGCUUGUCUUAAAUAAUGAAACCACAUUAAAUGGGCCGGCAUGACACAACUGAAACUCCAAACUGGUGUGAGGCACUCCUCUCACUGCCAUGGACGUUACUGCAGACGCAGACACCUCUAAUUUGUUUGGGGAACCUUAUGCCAAUUAAGAGAAAGUACUUACAGGAAAAGUGGAAGAUGCAGAAGCUUGAUUAGUCUAAGAUGACAACUUGGAAAUCUAGCACUAAGUAAACACUCGGAAAGGAAUACUGCCCCGUGCUUAUGCAGUUUCUUCCAUAUUCUUCUGUCGUCAUACCUAUCUCUCUGCAGCGGAAAGAUGCACAGGACAGCUGGAAACCAGCAUAGAUACUAGCGACUUCCUGUCUGCAGUUUCUUCAACGCUACUUAUUAUUUUUAGCAAUAAUCCUCCACAUUUUGUUGGCAGAUACUCUUACAUGCUUCUACCUACUUGCAGAUGUGAUCUCUUCCCAGCAGUGUGGAGAAGUCCUUUAAACCGCAAGCAGGUCCAGUGUGUGGCAGGAACACUGUACAUUGCUGGUACAGACGGGUGACAGUCUUACUUGUUUCCAUGCACUUUACCUUAUGUUCCUAUUCAAGCACCUUUGAUAAAGAAAAAGGACAGCAUUUUAGUUCAGUAUGUAAAAGAACCGCAUUUCAUGAAUAAUGACCUCUGUUAGGUAUGCUUUGUAUUUAUCAGGUAAGAUUCAGUCCAUACUAAGCAAGAUCCAUGACAACCUUUCCAGCUCUUCCUCAAUCAGAAAUGACCUUCUCACUGAGUAAUACAUCCUGCACUACUCUCAGCCCAAUGCACCUGCAGUAUGUUAAGUUUCUCUGUCUCAUGUUACUGUGUGUAAGAGAAACACCCAGUGCACAUUAUAAAGGGGAAUGUCUGGUACAAGGAAGUCCCUUCCUCAUUAAAUGGCCCUAAGGAAAGUAGGGAUUUUUAGUGACUCUUCCAUCUGUAGGAUGUUCUUAACCUCUGACCCCUGCUAUUGCAGUUAUUCCAUGCCUCUCCAGCUUUCUCUGUGGUGUUUGUCAUAUUUUCCCUUUACCUUGGAAACCCUCAGACAUAGGCCAGAAAUAUAGAGUAGGUUAUAAUGUGUAAUGCAACACAUAGGGGGCAUUCUUAAAAACAAAGUCUAAUGGAAUAUCAUUAUUUACAACAGAGUAUUUUUUACAGAAGUCUAAAAUAGUAUUAAAAUACAACAUUUUUGGCAUAUUUAUUUUUGCUGAAGAAGUUAUGUGAUCUAAUUCACAUUUCUUAUUUUAUAGUGUAUGUUGUGUUUUUUAUUUUUGUGAGGGCCUCUCAUUUUUGUUUUUAACUAUUUGGGCUUUGAAAGCACAAUUAUUGUUUUACAUUUUGUUGUAAAUAGUGUUUAAUGGUUAUUAAACAAUGCACUUUUUUAUUUUUUUUUAUUUCCAGGCUAUGUUAAAAUGCAUAUUUUUAAGAAUGCCACCCUUAAAAUCAACUUACGCCAUAUGCCGCCUUAGCUCUGCAGCCCCAUGUGGUAUUGUGGUUUGGUUUUGUGUUGCUUAUCUUUUAAUUUUUUUUGACAUUUUUAAAUAGCUUGUUUUUACUUGAAUUUUGUUUUUUUCUUUUAAAUGCACAUGUAUCAUUUGCUAUUUCUCUUUGGUCAGUACUUUGCAUUAGAAGCAUAUAAAAUCCACAUUUAGCUGGAAUAAAACAAUACGUCUCUAGAGGUUUUUACAAAGGAAGGUAUGAUGGGAGAAACAGACUAUUGUGAGCCUUCACUACAUAAUUGCAGAUACAUUCAGAGACUAUUCCUUAAAUAGGCAUAGAGUAGAACCAUGACCAUAAAAUACACUGUUCAGGGGUAACCUGACAAUCCCACUAAAGUCUUGGUAACAUAUUCUCUCCCCAGCCCAUCACAGACAGCUGAUGCUCCUCUCACCUAUUAAGACUUGUUUACUAAUGCUGAAUCUAGGAGCGGAAUUUGCACAAAACAAUAGUAACCAAUACAACACUUGCUUUUAAUAUAUAUAUUGUACGAUAGACAGCAGCUGAUUGGUUGCUGAGGUUUAGUGAACUAGUCUCUUAAAUGCAGAGUUUGUUAAUGUGUACUACUGGGGUCAUAAUAGAGUCAAAAAGUUGAUAGUCAUUUGAGCUGUCAUCACCUUCACGCAUCCUGCCUGUGUAUGAGUCAAAGGGGCAAUUCAAUCCAGAGUGUUGUGCUGGGAACGUUAGUACCUGAAGCACUUUGCACAAUUUACCUUGCACGCCCAUGGUGGUGUGCAGUAAAAUGAGGGAUAUUGGACUACUGUAUAGGCGAGGUCACACUCAUCACGACCCAACAUUGCUCUGAUUUAAAUUGCCCCCAAAUAGUUCUCACAGUGUAUUUGCGCAUAGCAAGGCUCAGUCAUUGCCUAUUUAGUAAAGCAGCUAUCAGAAUGUCGGUAGCAAGUAAGCUGCCAUAUCCUUUACAAUUGUGUACGGAGACUCCAUCACAGGCUCAACCACGCCCCCAAAAUAACAAUUAAAGAACCAAAAAACACACACCUGGCGCUUUGAUUGACUACAGAUGAAUGCAGCAAUCCCAAAAGGGUCUUUGGUUUUAAACCUUAAUAUAGAACU